GGAAUCGAGUCGUCGUCGUCGUCGUCGUCGGUGGUUGUCGACCGACUGCGCUCGGCUGGAAGCCGGUUGACAACAUCCGCCGAUUGGCCGAACGCGCAAGAUUUCGGCCACGAUUGGCGCACGAGUCAUAUGACGUGUCGCUUUCGUGGCCAGAUUUCUCAAAUUCCAGAAGCGAUAUAUUUUUUCCUCCCUCCCCUACCGCAUUUAAAAAUUCCAAGAUACGAGUCUGUUCUCUUUAAUUCCGUCUUUAAGCUCGAGAGCGACGUGAUAAAAGUGACAAAAAUGUAUUUCAAGUGUCAAAUGAGAAAUAACUGUGCAUGAAAAUUGCGGCUUUUUCGAGAGUUGGGACGGAAUCGCCAUCUGAUUUGCAUCGGAUAGUCAAUGGAACAUUCGUAAGCCAAGAUGGCGUCGCUCAUUGACAACUACGAACAGCAGUACGCUGUUCUGACAGCUGACAUCACCGCAAAAAUCGGUCGGAUUAGAAUCCAGAGCGGCGGUGAGAAAAGGGCCUUUAUUCAGGAUGUGGACCGGCAAAUUGAAGAAGCUCAGGAACUGCUGGAGCAAAUGGAGCUGGAGGUUCGUGGGAUAAACGGAACCGCUCGCGAUCGUCUGCGCGGUCGCGUGGAAAGUCACAGAGCGGAAUUGAAACGCCUAACGCAAGAAUUUCAAACGGCGAAGAAACCAAAGGAUGACUCAGUGGAGAUUACGGUGGACGAGUCUUGGGACAACAACGUGACGGAAGAUCAAAGAAAAAGACUGCUGGACGCAUCCGAGAGGAUAGAACGAUCGGGACGCACGUUACAAAAUGGUUAUCGUAUGGCAUUGGAAACGGAGGAAAUCGGUUCUCAGGUACUAAAGGAUCUUCACGAGCAGCGAGAAACGAUACAGCGGAGCAGAGGGAGGUUACGGGAAACGGAUGCAGAGUUGGGACGUGGCUCUCGAUUAUUAUCAGGGAUGAUCUUUCGGAGCCUCCAACAGAGAUUUAUUUUAGCAGCGGUAGUAUUAGUACUGAUAAUUGUCGCGUGCAUUGUGAUAUAUUAUAGUUUUAAGAGUUAAAGAGAACAGAGAUAUGUAUUCUCUUCAGCCAGAUCCACCAGACGUGAUUUGGAAGUCAUAUUUAUUUGAAAUCAGAGACUUGAAAAUGUUAUUUCUAUCAAAUUGCGAGGUUAAGUAAUUAUGUAUUAUUAUAUUAUAUAUAUAUCUAUAUCGUCUAUAUCGUCUAUUUUGUACUUGUUUGUUACAUUUUGCCACGAGAUACGAUCUUUGCUAUAUGUACAUAUUUUCUCAUCAAUUUAUCCAAUCGACAUUGAACGACUGAAUGAUCUGACUUUGAUCUUUAGACGAAAAAAAACCAACAUAGCAAACGAGUACAAAACUGGCAAAGUGUCAUCAAACAAGAACAAAAGUUCCCGUUCAGUGUUAUUUAAAGUCUUAUAUAAAAAAAUAUUGACCCAUUCUCGUAGGAAGAUAAAUCUUAUAAAGCGGUUUCGCAAUUCUUUCCUAUCUGCGCGAUAAAGAUAAUUAGUAUCUAUCUGAAUCACUGAUUCAUUCGAUUAUCAAAUGCAUUAUUUUCGUAUGGCAGAAAGAAUCGUAAAAUCGCUUCUAUAUUGUUAUCUCGUUAACGUCAUAUCUGGAAGAUCGGUGGUAAACACUUGCUCUACGUUUCAAGUUUCGAAAAGAUACUCCGAACCACAAAAUAUAUAUUCCAACAAGAAAUAUAUUUAUUAAAUAAUAUCAAGGUUUUUUUUCGACGUUGUUGUGCGCGCCGACUCUCUAUCGGGUAUAUUGAAAUAUUACCCCUUCGAAUUAACGACUACGUAUAAUUGUUGUAACCUUGACCUGAGCCGUAAUCGAGCGAGUUCAUUGACGGACUCUAUCAAUUAAAAAUGCAUUCUCUAAUUUAUCUCUUAUACGAGAAUAACAACGGUCACCGCGUGUACAUUAUUGAGUUUUACGUGGAUAAAGAAGGAUCGAGUCGUACAUAUAUCCAUCACCGAAAGUAUCAAAGGAUCCUUUGUAAUUGAGAAAGAGAGAAAGAAUGAGAGAAACUAGACGCGCCUAAAUAAUAACUCCCUUUAUUAUUUGUAAUGUUUUAUCAUUUAAUUAGCCUAAACGGUGCUUUUGUCUGCGACCCCCUAAUGUACCUGUGAAAAUGAUAUAUAAUAAAAGUAUCGAGAGUUAACGAA